AUAAUAAAGAAAGAACACACCCGAAACUUUGAUAACGGAGUUCGGCCAAAUUGCCUACGUCUCCGAGCACCCUCUGCAGAGCCCGCUUAUAUAUAGACGGAGAAAAGAAUACAAAUUUGGGAUAGAUUACAAAAUGGGGGGUGAGCUCCUUUUAUAGGAAGCCACACCCCCAAACUAUCUACUCCCCACCGAUGUGGGAUGGCAAAUAUUUUGCCAAAAUUUCAACAGUUCCCUCUCCUCGUCUCCUGCUUGCCCAAUUGGACCGAACGUGUGCUCUUCGUGCUAGCCAGCUUCUGCGUCUGUGCCAUCCAGCACAUCCAAUUCACGCUCAACCACUUCGCCGCCGACGUCUACGUGGGCCUGCCCAAGGGGAACAACUGGUUCAAGAAACAAACCGCCGGGACCAUCGACAUCGAAUGCCCUUCUUGGAUGGAUUGGUUCUUCGGCGGGCUGCAGUUUCAGCUGGAGCACCAUCUAUUCCCCAGGCUGCUGAGGUGCCAUUUGAGGAAAGUUUCCCCCAUCAUUAAAGAGCUCUGUAAGGAGCACAACUUGCCCUACCGGAGCUUAACCUUCGUCGAGGCGAACAAGUGGACGCUGUGAACGCUUAGAACCGCCGUGGUUGAGGCCCGCGAUUUCUCCAUGGCUCCCAGGAACUUGUUGUGGGAAGCUGUCAACACUCAUGGAUGAGAGAUUUCAACCACAUUUUGUUUUUGUUUUGAAAUUAUUUUUGAAAGAAAAGCUGAUCAAUUAUCUCGAACAGCUUGU